AUGGCCUCAGGGGCAGAGGGGCCCAAAGGACCUCUCGUGGGGCCUCUCGGGGGACCUCUUCAGGGCCAAUCAGAGCCUGAAGAGGUCUUAAGGGUCCUGGUGGUGGGAGAAGCAGCAGCAGGGAAAACUGCGCUGCUGCAGCUGUUGGAGAAGCACGCGGCUGAGUUGGGCAGUGCACGCAUAGCUCAACAAGAGGAGGAUAGGGCAAAAGCCGCAGCUGCAACAGAAGUACAAACAGGACCCCUCGGCUGCCCAAGUUUGACCCAUGUUGUCAGUUUAGAGGAAGACUCGGCAGCAGCAGCAGCUGCAGCCGCAGCGGGGAAAGCUGAGCUUCAGGCUUCGCCCCUGUCCGCGCUUAUGGGCUAUCGCUCAACUUGCGGUGUUAAUAUUGUCCCUUUGAGGUGUACAGACACCUCAGGUGAGAACUACUUGGUGGAGUUCUGGGAGGUCGGAGGAUCCUCAGCCACAAAAGCCACUCGGGCGCUUCUUUACGCCAUGCCUUUUGACGGAGUUUGGCUUGCUUAUGAAAGUGGAAGCGAGGCAGCAUUUAGGUCUUUGCCCGCUUGGCUGCUCGAAAUUUGCAUGCGGGCUGGCACGCGUCCGUCCGAGGUCUUCUUCCAGCGGCGGCAGGUGCUGCUGCAGGAGGGAAAGAAGCAAAGGCAGAAGCAGCAAAAGCUUCAGCUUGAGGAAGAAAGGAAUCUUGGCGAUGACGUUGAACUGCAGGACCUGGGGCAUUUUGGCGCGCUAGUGAUGCUUUUGCAGGAAGUUGCUCUUGGGGCUGGCGGUUACGCUGCGGUCUUUGUCCCAUUUUGGUUGUCGCCACAAAGGCAGACAGGGGCCCUUUUGGGAGUACUCAAGGGAGUCUUCAAGGCUUCUCUCAGGGGGCCCUUCAAAGCUCUCCUUCAGCUCGUCGUAUCUGGAAAGCCAAUGAAUGCAACUGGAAAGAACCCGGUGAACUGGCAAGGCUGCUUGGGAGAUACAGUGCUGUAG